GCGGGGGGGGAGCGGCGGCAUGGCCGAGGUGCCGCGGGCGGGAGCGAGCGUGCCGGUGGUGGUGGAGCAGGUGGUGAACGACACCCUGGUGGUGACGCUGAGCCUCGGCGAGCGCCGCUUCACCGGCGUCCUCAUCGACUGCGGCAAGAAGUCUGGCUUGUUCUGCCUCCCAUCCUCUUUCCCCAAGCCCGAGGACCCUCCUGCGGACGCCUGUGCUAACGGGGUCGCUGCUGGAGCCGCGGUGCCGGGGGUGCCGGAGCCGCUGCCCGCUGCAGAGAAGCCGCCCCCAGGAGCCGGUGAUGAACAAGUGCCGCCGCUGCUGCCCCCCCCCAGCCUCCCGCCGUACCCCCCGUACUUCGAGGGCGCCCCGUUCCCGCGGCCGCUGUGGCUGCGGCACACGUACCACCAGUGGGUCCCGCAGCCGCCGCCGCGCACCAUCAAGAGGACGAGGCGGCGGCUGUCGCGGAACAGGGACCCGGGCAGGCUCAUCAUGAGCACCAUCAGGCUGCGGCCGCGGCAGGUCCUGUGCGAGAAGUGCAAGAACACCUUGAACCCGGAGGAUGCCAGCGCCAGCAGGCAGACCGUCAAAACCAGGAGGAAGCUGAGCAUCCAGGACAAGGAGCAGAAGAAGCACGGCGACGCCGACUACAUGGAGAAAAGGAACAAAAGGGAGAAGAGAGAGGAUGACAAGUUCUCUGGGGAGCUAGUGCAUCGAACACCCGUCAUCAAAAUAUCCUACAGCACUCCACAGGGGAAGGGCGAGGUUGUCAAAAUCCCUUCCCGGGUGCACGGCUCAGUGAAACCCUUUUGUGCAGAGCGGACGGUGCAGAACGGAGGGGAGGACCAAGAGGAGACCAGGGACUCCGAACGGUGUCGAGAAACCAAGUGUUUCCUGGACAAGUCAGCAGGCAGCCAGCUUGCUUCCAUUCCAAAGCUGAAGCUCACACGGCCAGUGCAUUCCAGCGCGGAUGUCCCACCCCCAAAGAUCCGGCUCAAGCCCCAUCGCAUCAAUGACGGUCAGAGUGUUUCAAUCUACAAGGCAGAGCUUAUUGAUGAAAUCAAUGUCCUUCAGAACAGCGGGGAGUCCAACCCCGGCGCCUUCUACAAUGACGAGUCCACAGACAGAAGUUUAGCUGAGGUGUCUUCAGGGAGUUCAGGUGAAGAUGAGGACUUUAAAAGGUUUCCCCAAGGUAAAGAUGGACACGAUAACUUGGCUUUCCUUAUGAAUUAUCGUAAAAGAAAAGCAGACUCUUCUAGCUUAUCAGUGUGUAGUAAUGACAGUCUGGAUGAGUCCAAGUCUUCCAGUUCAGAGGUAACAUCGCCGGAGAUGUGUGACUUUCUGCCUGGGGAUGAUGCAUCCGUCUCCUCAUCUUCAAAAGAUGAACGUAAAAUUGUGCCGCCGCUGACGGUCCGGCUGCACACCCAGAGCGUGUCCAGGUGCGUCACAGAGGACGGAAGAACUGUUUCAGUGGGGGAUAUAGUUUGGGGUAAGAUUCAUGGGUUUCCGUGGUGGCCAGCGCGUGUUCUUGACAUAAACCUCAGCCAGAAGGAGAACGGGGAGCCCUCGUGGCGAGAAGCUAAAGUGUCCUGGUUUGGUUCUCCAACGACUUCGUUCUUGUCUGUCUCAAAACUCUCUCCUUUCUCGGAGUUUUUCAAACUGAGGUUUAACCGCAAGAAGAAAGGGAUGUAUCGGAAAGCUAUCACAGAGGCUGCCAAGGCAGUGGAGCAUCUGACUCCAGAAAUCAGAGAUCUCUUAACACAGUUUGAGACAUAACUUUGCCUCCAGUAUCAGGUGUCAGAAGACAGAGCCCAGCUGUUCUCCAGAGGGCCACCAGUCUGCAGGGAGCCGGGAGAGGCCGGAGGGUCCGCGCGCAGCAGGAGGACGCGGCGCAUUCCCUGUCACACGCUGCUUUGCACCGGGGACGGGCUCCGGCAGGAGGCUCUUCUGGUGCGAGGCUGGCGGGAAGGUCUGGAGGAUGUCUCACCCUAGCAUGAGGAUUUGACCAGUCACACAGCAGUGAACUGGGAGAACAGCAAAACCCACAACCCGGAAUGUAUUUAUUACGUCAAAGUUAGCUAUUCUUGAUAAACCCCCCAGAUUAUUGCUGCUGCUGCUUAUUUUACUUACAGAUUUCACACACUCGUUCAUUUUAAAGCUACCAAACUUUUCCUCAAUACUGUACUCCAAGAAGUGUAAUUGGAGCAGGACAUGCAAUAGAAUGAAAUCAUUGUAGUGUCUUAAGUACCAUGGACUCACUUUUGUGUCUAUUAAACCUUGGAAGAUGUGCAACACGGAA